AUGAAAACUGGAGGCCUUGAAAGUGCCGACGUUUGGGGAGAUCAAGAUGAUCCAAUGAAUGAGGUGAAUGCUUUGACCAACGAGGAACUUGUAGCUAGAACCAGAGAGUUUGAGGCUGAGAUUAGGAAAACUAAGACUCAGAUCACAAGGAUCAACAAUGAAAUUAAGAAUUAUGACCUGAGAGUAAAGGAGAACAAAGAGAAACUUAAGCUCUCAACUUAAUUACCUCACAUGGUCGCCAAUGUAGGAGAAAUAUUGGAUGUCGAGGAAGAUGAAGAGGAUAAGGAUACUUCUGGAUUCAAGCAAGAAAACGUCAGCAAGACUAGGAAAGCUAUGGUUGUUAAGACCACAGGCAGACACACCAUUUAUUUGCCAGUAAUUGGAAUGAUCGAGCCAGAGGAAGUAAGACCAGGCGAUUUAAUUGCAGUCAACAAGGAAAGUUUUAUUGUUUAUGAGAAGUUGCCACCUGAAUACGAUUCAAGAGUUAAGGCUAUGGAAAUUGAUGAAAGACCCACUGAGGAGUACUCAGAUAUUGGAGGUCUAGAUAAAUAAAUUCAGGAACUCAUUGAAGCUAUUGUGCUCCCAAUGACUCACAAAGAGAGAUUCGAUAAUAUUGGUAUCAGACCACCCAAGGGACUUUUGAUGCACGGACCUCCAGGUACUGGAAAAACUAUGAUGGCAAGAGCUUGCGCCGCUCAAACAAAAGCUACUUUCUUGAAACUCGCUGGCCCCUAACUCGUACAGAUGUUUAUUGGAGAUGGUGCUAAGAUGGUAAGAGAUGCAUUCGAUCUAGCUAGAGAAAAAGCUCCAGCAAUUAUCUUCAUUGAUGAGUUAGAUGCUGUAGGAACCAAGAGAGGUUCAGGAGAAGGAGAGACCAGAGAAGUGCACAGAACUAUGCUUGAGUUACUCAAUCAACUCGAUGGUUUCACUCAAGACGAUAGAAUUAAGGUCAUUGCUGCCACUAACAGACCUGAUAUAUUAGACCCUGCUCUCUUGAGAUCAGGAAGACUUGAUAGAAAAAUUGAACUGCCAUUACCCAAUGAAGAAGCAAGAGCAAGAAUUCUCUAGAUUCACUCAAGAAAGAUGAAUGUAAAUAAGGAUGAUGUCAACUUUGAAGAGCUGGCUAGAAGCACUCAAGACUUCAAUGGAGCAUAGUUAAAGGCUGUUUGUGUUGAAGCAGGUAUGGUAGGUCUAAGAAGAGGAGCCACGACACUCAGACAUGAGGAUUUCGUAGAGGGUAUUCAGCAAGUGCAGUCUAAAAAGAAGGCAUCUCUCAACUACUAUGCAUGA